AUGUCGUACGUCUCACCGAUUAAGGCCGCUCUGGGCAAGGUCGCGUUCGUGACGGGCGCAGGGCAGGGGAUCGGCCGCGCGAUUGCAUGCCGGCUUGCGCGCGAUGGCUUCGACAUCUCCAUCGGGGACAUCCCACCUGCGAAGGCGAAGGUAGACGAUGUGAUCAAAGAAAUCGAGUCUUAUGGCCGCAGAGCAAUCGGGGUGUUCGCUGACGUCAAGGACGCGAAGCAAAUCAAUGCUGCGAUCGAGGAGACGGUGGAGAGGCUUGGGCCGAAGCUCUUCGUGAGCGUUGCGAAUGCGGGCGUUACCCAGGUCCGGCCAUUGCUCGAUUGCACACCAGAGUUCAUCGAGAACGAGGUGCGGAUCAACGUGCUGGGACUCAUGAACACCCACAUCGCGGCUGCGCGGCAGAUGGUCAAGCAGGGCUUCGGUGGACGCAUCCUCGGUGCCGGCUCGAUAGCAUCAUACCGUACCGCGGUCAAUCUUGCCCCGUACGGUGCGACAAAGUUUGCGGUUCGUGGGUUCACGGAGGCGGCUGCUAAGGAGUGGGCGCAAUAUGGGAUCCGGGUGAACGCGUACGGCCCCGGUAUCGUCGACACGCCGAUGUGGGAUCACAUCGACCGAGAGCUGGCGAAGAUCGAGGGCAUCAGCGUCGGCGAAGCGAAGGCUCAACGUGUCAAGAACGAUGUACUGCUCGGGCGCAUACAGGAGCCCGAGGAUGUUGCCAAGCUGGUGUCGUUCCUGGCAUCGGAUGAGGCGGAAUACAUCACUGGUCAGACGAUCAAGACGUGCGGCGGCGCGUCGUUGUGA